GUAGACAUGGGUAAUGAGCAGGGAACUGUCCUUAACAGGGAGCCUCUUAAGUCACCCUGUGAAGUAAAAUGGAACAAAGGUCUUGAUGUUCAGAUUCAAGGCAAGGAAGGGCAUUCUUCAGUUGCUUUGAAUAAUAAGAUCUACUGUUAUGGUGGGCUAGGACUGGAUGAACGGUUAUUUGGUCUUGCAGUUUUUGAUACUGAAAAGAAUACACUGAGAGAAAUCCAAGUAACUGGUGAAAAGCCUGGCCCACUUUGCAAUGCGAGCUUGAACUGUGUUGGAACAAAAUUAUAUCUCUUUGGUGGACUGAAUAGGGAAACAGGAUGGAAUAAUGACAUGUGGUCAUUUGAUACUGUAACAGAAAAAUGGGAGAAGCUGGCGAUUACUGGAAUCAAGCCUUCACCCAGAGACAAACACACAUCAGUCAUAUGGGAAGGGAGAAUAGUUAUAUUUGGUGGGUUUGGUCCAGCUACUGGUGUAGAGGAUACUGAAGAUGACGAUGAUCAAAGUGCUAAUUUCACAUGGUACAACGAUGUCUUUCUUUUUGAUCCUAAAAAUAAUUCAUGGGAUGCACCAAAUGUUUCCAUGAUUGGAGGCCCUGUCCCCAGGGCUGCACAUUCUGCAAACAUCUACAAAAAUAAAAUGACGAUAUUUGGGGGAAAAGAUAGUAAAGCCAGAAAUCAGGAUUUGUUUACCUUAGAUCUUUCAACGUUGGAGUGGAGCUCUUUUGAAGAUGCUGGAGCCAGACCUGCUCCAACCUCAUUUCACAGCUCUGCCCAAUUUGGCCAGUUCAUGCUAACAUAUGGAGGCAGAUUUAAUGACAACUCCCACAGUGAUCAACUCAAUGUUUUAGAUUGUGAGACAGGGGGCUGGUAUUCUCCAGUAGUGGAAGCUAUGCCUUCUCCUCGGGGACAAAGCACCUUGUUAGUAUUGGGGGACGGUACUUUGGUUAUGUUUGGGGGUUCUAACAAGUUUGAUAUGAUCCAACAGUGCUGUCAGGAGUUUGACACAGGUGUAUAUCGAUUGGAUUGUAAUCUUCUGAAGAGUGUAGAAAUACCUCCUCCAGUCGUAGAGGAAACUGAAGAUAUUGUCAGUGAUCCUAGUGCUGUAGGAGAUUGUAAUAUGGCAGAUGACUCUAAUGAAACUCCCAGUGAUAAGCUUGCUGGGGUAUGAAUUUAGGUAUUUGUACUGGAUCUUCUAUGAUCUUUUUAACAGCUUAUAGCUGACUAGAAAUUAGAAUUAAUGAAUGUUUAAACUGAAUUAUUUUAAGCUCCUAUUUUAUCCAGUUUUCCAGAAUUGUUAGGAAAUCUAAAUUUUUAUUUGUAUGCUUUGUUUUAUUUAUUUUGCACAUUCUACUGACAUAACAUGAUUAUGUACUAUAUUUAUAAUAUUUCUAAUUCA